AUGGCUGAUUCUGCCAACGCCCCGAAGCCCAGCAGCAGCGUUAAGCUUGUCCUGCUCGGAGAGGCUGCUGUGGGAAAGUCGUCGCUGGUCCUGCGGUUCGUCAACAACGACUUCCAGGAGAACAAGGAGCCCACUAUUGGCGCCGCCUUCCUGACACAAAAAUGCAACCUUCCCUCGCGCACAAUCAAGUUUGAGAUCUGGGACACGGCCGGCCAGGAACGCUUCGCAUCCCUGGCACCCAUGUACUACCGCAACGCGCAGGCCGCCCUGGUGGCGUACGACCUGACCAAGCCGACGUCCCUUAUCAAGGCUAAGCACUGGGUGGCUGAGCUCCAGAGGCAAGCAUCCCCGGGUAUCGUCAUCGCCCUGGUCGGAAACAAGCUGGAUCUCACGAGCGACUCGACGGGCGGCGCCGCCGGCGGCAGCAACGACGAUGCCGACGACGAUGCCGAGGGUGGUGGUGGCGGCGACGACGCGGCGGAAGGGUCGGGUGACGCCCGCAAGGUGUCGACCGAGGAGGCCAGGGCCUACGCCGAGGAGGAGAGCCUCCUCUUCUUCGAGACGAGUGCCAAGACCGGCCACAACGUCUCCGAGGUCUUUACCGCCAUCGCCAACGCCAUCCCCGAGACGUCGCUCAAGAGCGCCCGCACACCCGGCAGUGCCGCCGGUGCCUCCGCCCGCGCAGGGGACGAGCAGAGGGUCAACCUGGGAAGCGCUUCAGAGGGUGGCCCUAAGGACAGCUGUGCCUGCUAA